CUCAGAACAAGCACACAUCUCUCCAUCAUGGCUGCCACCUGGACCCUGGAGGACGACAUGUCCUGCCCUGUGUGCUGUGAUGUUUUCACUGACCCUGUGGUGCUGGGCUGCAGCCACAGCUUCUGCAAGAGCUGCCUGGACAGCUACUGGAACACUCAGGUCAUCAAAAAGUGCCCCGUCUGCCGCCACCAUUCCCUAACCGACGCUCCACCCAGUAACCUGGCUCUGAGGAACAUCGUGGAGACCUUUGCGAGGGAGAGGAGCCACAAUACCACCAAGCAGGAGGAGACGAGAGAGGGGGAGAAGGAGAGCCAGGGAAGGAGGGAGUCAGGAGGGAGGAGUGGGUUGGUACGGGAUGGGGAUGAAAGGUGCGGUCUCCAUGGGAAGAGGUUGUUGUUGUUCUGUGUGGAGGACAAGGAGGCUCUGUGUGCGGUGUGUCAGACCUCCAGGAGACACAGGAGCCAUCAGCUCUGCCCUGUGGACGAGGCUGCUCAGGACCUCAAGGAGGAAGUGAAAGCAUCUAUCGUCCCUCUGAGGAGGAAGUUGGAGACAUUCCAAAAGUUGAAGGAGGAUUGCAUGAAAACAGCAGAACACAUCAAGAGCCAGGCCAAGCAAACAGAAAGGAAGAUAAGAGAUGAGUUUGUGGAGCUGCAUCAAUUCCUGCGUCUGGAGGAAGUUGUCCGGCUGUCUGCCCUCUCUGAGGAGGUGGAGAUGAAGACAGUUAUAAUGGCAGAGAAGAUUGAACACCUGGCCAAAAAGAUGACCUCCCUGACCAGCAACAUCAGAGAGAUAGAACAGGAUAUAGAGGCAAACGACCUUCCAUUUCUCCAGGCUUACAAGAACAACAAAGCAAGGGCCAACUGUACAUUGCAGGAUCCAGAGCCUGUAUCAGGGGCAUUGAUCGAUGUGGCCCAACACCUGGGCAAUCUGAGGUUCAAGAUCUGGGAGAAGAUGGAGGAGAAGGUGCAAUACACCCCAGUGACUCUGGACCCCAACACUGCGGCCCCCUGGCUCUCUCUCUCAGACGACCUGACCAGUGUGUGCGUCAGUGGAGAGAAGCAUCACGUCCCCAACAACCCAGAGCGCUGUGACACGUGUGUUUGCGUGCUGGGGGCCGACCCCUUCAGUUCCGGCAGUCACUUUUGGGAGGUGGAGGUGGCGGGUAAGACCAGAUGGGACCUGGGGGUCCUGAGAGAGAGUGUGCGUAGGAAAGGGGUCCUGAGUGUGAACCCUGUCCACGGGUUCUGGGCCCUGUCCCUGAGGGACGGCGGCCAGUACAGCGCCUGCACCAUGCCCUGGACCCGUCUCACUCUGAAGAGGAGGCCCAGGAGGGUCAGAGUGUGUCUGGACUAUGACGCGGGAGAGGUGACUUUCUAUGACCCCACUGACAUGUCACUCAUCUAUACAUUCAGGGACAAGUUUAAAGAGCCAUUGUUGCCCUACCUCUGUCCCUGUGUGAGUGACAGCGGCCGCAAUGCUGAGCCACUAAAGAUAUGCCCUGCCAAAGUGUCAUUGGUUUAUGAUGUUGGUGAUAAAGUUUUGUAGAUUACAAUAUGUAUUUUUUAGAGGAGACAUUGCUAAUGCAUCCAUAUGUCUCACUAUCUAUUAUUAACACAAUGGAUGUAUAUUUUCUAUAUAUAUAUGUUUGGGUAUAUGUGAAUGGAACAAUUCUUAUCCUAUAUAAUAUCAUAAGUCAUAUUUUCUUGGUGUGUGUCAAAUGGCAAGAUAAAUUAAACAAAAAAGGUGAUCAUUACUCAACAUUAGUGUUAAUAUUCUGUAAGACUUGUUCUAAAUGCUUAUGAAUGAUCAUGCUUAUAAAUGCUUAUAAAUGUGUAUAAAUACAAAAAUUAAAUAAUUUUAUGUUUAUGAAUGACAUGAUUUAUUCCUGAUUUAUUAAUGGUUUAUUGUUUAUUCAUGAAAGUUCUUAAUAAAGUGUUUCUUGUCAACAUUGA